AUGAUCUCGACUAACUAUAUUCUGUUGGAUAACUUCGAUGGCAUCGACGGCAACGGAAAACAGCUGGACUUUAUUAAAGCAUUCCCCGAACAACAAGUAGUGUUGGGCUCAAGUGUGUCGCUGCCGUGCGAGAUAACGGCGCCGGGAAUGAGCACCGAUUCUGUGACCUUAAUUCUCUGGUAUAGAGGCGACGACAUAUCCGGUGCACCCAUUUAUAGCAUAGACGCCAGGAGUAGGAAUACACCCCUGGAAAGUGCCAAACAUUUCAUUGCCGACGAUUACGAGGGGAGAGCCAACUUCGAUAUCACUGUCCGUCCGGCGCUCCUCAAACUCAGUCCAAUCGUGGACACCGACAGUGGACUGUAUUGGUGUCGCGUUGACUUCCGGUGGACCCGAACCACAAUCAGCACCGUUUUGCUCAGCGUUGUCGUACCUCCCAAAAGAGUGAUUAUAAGGGAUGCGACCGGAAUUGAACUCAAAAGUAUAGCCGUGUUUGACGAGGGAUCUGAUGUACGACUUUUCUGCGAAUCGAUCGCUGAGCCAAUUCGAUUGGUGAAGGAGUGA